GAGAGAUCAUAUUUAAACAUGUUUCUUCCAUACCCAUUAAUCAACAUUCACCAAAAAUCAUGUCCAACAUGUUCAAAUUUAUAGUGUUCAUUGAGCUAAUUCUGGCUAGCUUGUUUCAAAUUUCAUUUUCUUCUGUUGUUUCUACUGGAGAUUUCAAUAAAGAUUUCUUUGUGUCAUGGUCUCCUAGCCAUAUAAACACAUCUGCUGAUGGCAGGACAAGAAGCUUGGAGCUUGACCAAGAAUCUGGAUCCGGUUUCGAUUCAAAACAGAUGUUCUUGUUUGGGCAGUUCGAUAUGCAAAUAAAACUAGUGCCAGGGAAUUCAGCAGGCACAGUUGUGGCAUUUUAUUUGGCAUCAGAUCAACCUAAUAGAGAUGAGAUAGAUUUUGAGUUUCUUGGCACUGUACCUGGGCAGCCAUAUAUUCUUCAAACCAAUGUUUAUGCUGAUGGAUUUGAUGACAGAGAAGAAAGGAUAAUUCUUUGGUUUGAUCCAACAUUAAAAUUCCACACUUAUUCUGUCCUGUGGAACAUUUAUCAAAUUGUGUUCAUGGUGGAUUCCAUUCCUAUCAGAGUUUACAGAAAUCAUGCAGACAAAGGAGUAGCAUAUCCUAGAUGGCAGCCAAUGAGCAUCAAAGGUAGCAUAUGGAACGGUGAGAAUUGGGCAACAAGAGGUGGGAAAGAUAAAAUUGAUUGGUCACAGGCUCCAUUCAUCACAUCAUUCAGUAACUACAGAAUUGAUGCCUGUAUUUGGAAGGGAAAUCCAAGGUUUUGCAGGGCAGAUAGCUCUACAAAUUGGUGGAACAAGAAAGCAUACAAUACUCUCACACCUAUUCAAAGAAGGUGGUACAAGUGGGUUAGGUUACACCACUUGAUUUAUGACUAUUGCCAAGAUAAGCAGAGAUUCCAUAAUAUCCUUCCAAAAGAAUGCUCCCUUCCUAAGUAUUGACUAAGGAAUUUUUCCAUUUGAAGUUCUAUUUUGUUUCUCUAUGUUCUUAAUUACCUGUAAUAACACAUUGUCAGCUCAAUAAUUGUUUCAGGGUUUUUGAGCCAUAUUGUGGAACUUUAAGAGUAGAACUAAUUAAAGAAAAUAUUUUGGCCUUGUCA